AUGGCAGAGGUCAACGCAUCCUUUCUUGGCGAGAGCAAUGCUUCGCUCAUUUAUAUUCCUUGUGGCGUGUUUUUUGUCUUGUCGCCACUUCUUGUUGGUACUCGCUUGUGGUCGCGCAUGAGGAACGGUGGAAGUCUUGGUGCUGAUGACUACACCAUCAUGGCGUCCGCUACAUUUGCCAUCGCGUCGAGUGCCAUUAUGAUUAUCUCGUGCUAUUACGGCUACGGAAGACACCGCGGAGUCUUGACGAGCCCCAACCUGGCUGACACACUCAAGUACUUCUAUAUCUGCCAAAUCACUUACAAGGCAUCCAUCAAUCUCACCAAGUCCUCGAUUCUUCUACUCUAUGUUCGUAUAUUUGGUGGCAUACGAUGGUUCAAGCGGGUGUGCAUUGGUCUCAUCACCAUCAUCGCCCUUUAUUGUAUCGCCUCGGUCCUCGCAACCAUCUUCCAGUGCUCACCGGUGCGCAAGGCCUGGGAAAAGGAAGCGCAAGGGCAGUGUAUCAACAAUGGCCAGUUUUGGUACGCCAAUGGGGGCUUCUCCAUCGCAACGGACAUGAUCAUUCUCGUCCUUCCAAUGCCACUUGUAUAUGCAUUACACGCACCAAGAGUACAGAAAGCUGCUCUGAUGUUGGUCUUUGCUCUGGGAAUUUUCGUCGUUGUCACCUCCUGCCUGAGACUUACCACCAUCAACAUCCAGGCAAUCAGUCCUGAUCCCACCUACGACAUAGCCUCGACGAUGUGGACGAUAAUCGAAAUGAACGUGGCCAUAAUGUGCGCAUGCUUGCCGCAAAUACGACCGCUCAUGCUGAAAAUGUUUCCGAGACUCAUGCCAGGAUCAUACUCCAAUGAACGAUCUGAACGGCCUCCGCAGGUUACCUACUUCAAUGAACAUGCAAAGGCGGAUCCUUCGAGCAGCGAGGACAGCCGAUGGGCGCAUAUUGAAGGCAGAGACGGCAUCCACCUCUCCAAUCUAGCAAAUGUUCGCAAAGGCGAUGGGAGCUCUGAGGAGUACAUCCUUCAGGAUGAUAAGACCAUUCACAAGACAGUGAACUAUAGUGUCGAGUACUCGAAGAAACGCUCUAAGGACACCUUGAACUCAAUGGUCUAG